AUGAAGGCUAUUUUGAUGUGGACAAUCAAUGAUUUUCCAGCUUAUGGAAACUUAGCUGGAUGUGCCACAAAAGGGAAAUUUGGUUGCCCAAUAUGUGGUGAAGGAAUAUCUUCUAUGUGGCUUAAGUAUAGUAGAAAGUUUGCAUAUUUAGGGCAUAGGAGAUUUCUUGCUCCUAAUCAUCCAUUCUGUCAGAAGAAGAAGUGGUUUGAUGGGAAUAAAGAGACAAAAGGAAAACCUAGGCCUCUGAAUGGAUUAGAAAUUCGUAAUGUAUUGAAAGACAUUGAAAAUGACUGGGGUAAAAAGAAAAUGGGUAAAGAUAUCAAUAAUACAAAGAAAAAGAGGAAGGAGCGUGAUGGUUCAAAAAAAGUUCAAAAACCAGUUCAAAUGUGGAAGAAGUCAAUAUUUUUCAAUUUGCCAUACUGGAGUGGGCUCCUGCUACGUCAUAACUUAGAUGUUAUGCAUGUUGAAAAUAAUGUUUGCGAGAAUAUCAUAGGUACAAUGUUAAACUUAAAGAAAAAAAAAUCAAAAGAUGGUGUUAACGCUCGCAAAGAUUUGAGGUUGAAGAAAAUAAAGUUACCUGAUGGUUAUAGCUCAAAUAUUGGUAACUGUGUUUCUUUAGAAGAACGAAAGCUUAUUGGGUUGAAAUCUCAUGAUUGUCAUGUUCUUAUGCAACAAUUGCUUUCAGUAGCAUUGAGAAGUCUUUUACCAAAAGGUCCAUGUAAUGCUAUAUUUUUGCUUUGUGCAUUUUACAAUGAGUUAUGUCAAAGAGUGUUAGAUAGGAACCGUCUAGAACAACUCGAAGAGAAUAUUGCUGAAACUUUAUGCAUGUUAGAGAGGUACUUUCCACCAGCUUUCUUUACCAUCUCUGUUCAUUUGACAAUUCAUUUAGCAAGAGAGGCUCGCCUGUGUGGGCCAGUUCAAUUCCGCUGGAUGUAUCCAUUUGAAAGUGCUUAUAUAAAAAAAGCUGCUUGUAUUGGUCUCCGAUCUAAUCGGAAUGACGAUUUGGAAAAUGGAGUAGUGGAAGGUCGCCCCAUUUCUCAAGGAAAAGAAAUUAUUUUAGAAGAACAUUUGUUACAAGCAUCACAUCGAUAUGUGUUGUUCAAUACUGCAGAAAUUGAUCCUUACAUACAGAUGCACAUUGAGGAGCUUAAACAAACAGAUCGUCGUUUCUCAAGUAAUGAAACACUGUUACAAAAACGACAUAUGGAAACAUUUGCUCAAUGGUUAUCAAAACAUGUUCUUGAUAACUCUUCAGAUCGGAUUCAAUGGCUAGCACAUGGUCCAAGAAAGCAUGUUAUAUCGUAUACAGGUUAUAUUAUAAAUGGACAUCGGUUCCACACAAUUGAUGUUGGAAGGUCGACACAAGAUAGUGGUGUUUCGGUUGAAGCUGAUACUAUUUGGCAAUCUAGUUCUAUUGAUUCACAUACAGUAGGAAGACUAUCGUACUAUGGGGUUAUACGAGAUAUUGUGUUACUAGACUAUUAUUUUUUCAAAGUACCUGUUUUUAAGUGUGAUUGGGCUAAUCCUGGAACUGGUAUCAAAAUGGAUGAUGGUUUUACACUUGUCAACUUACACCAAGGACUAAGGACUUUUGAAAAUGAUCCUUUCAUUUUAGCAUCACAAGCAAAGCAAGUUUUCUAUUCUAGGGAAAAUGAUGAAUCAAAUUGA